AAAUUCAGAUUUUGUGUAAUAUAUACAAGAAGAUCCAUUUAUAGUCAGUCAGUCACUAAUAAUAAUAAUGUCUUUAUCAUUUCAGUUCCAGUUCCACCUGCUCAUACUCCUACUCUGGACAUGUACAAAUCAGGCUACUCCCAAUUCCACCACAUCUCUUACAAGGUCGGUCUGCAAGUCUACGCCAUAUCCGGAUGUUUGCUUAGAUAUCAGCAGCAAUACUGCUGAUAACAUCCUCCUCCAAUCUCUCAAGGUUGCCAUAUCGGAAGCAGUAAAAGUAUUGAGUUUGUUGGGUGGCAAUGAUAUUAAUAUCAUUGAGAAGCACAAGGGAAGCAUCCAAGACUGCCAUGAACUCCACCAGAUAACUCUUGCCUCCUUGAACAAGUCCCUGGCUCGACUCACCACUCCAAGAACGUUAAACUUGGCAGAUGUCAGCGCUUUCCUGGCUGCAGCUGUCACCAACAAGAAUACUUGUCUAGAAGGCCUACAGUCUGCAUCUGGACCGCUAAAGCCACUUCUAGUCGCCACCAUAAUCGCUGCUUACAAGCAUGUCAGCAACUGUCUUUCUCUUCUCUCCGCCGCAUCAUCUGGUUCAACAGAAAAGCUCCACAAGGCUCUUCCAAAGUGGCCAUCCAGAAAAGAUGGCAAGAUUUUCCACAAUCAAGGUGAUGGUGAUGGUGAUGGUGAUGGAGAUGGUGAUGAUGAUGAUGAUUAUGACGGCUACAGCACAAACAUACUAACUGUGGCCACCGAUGGGAGUGGUAACUUCACCACCAUCACCGAUGCCAUUAGUUUUGCUCCAAACAAUAGCGUUGACAGGGUCAUCAUCUACAUUAAACAGGGGCUGUAUGAAGAAAAUGUGGAGAUCCCUAUUUACAAAACCAACAUCGUUCUUCUUGGAGAAGGAAGCGAUACUACUAUAAUAGCCGGUAACAGAAGCGUGAUGGAUGGUUGGACUACUUUCAGAUCUGCUACUGUUGCUGUGUCAGGUGAAGGAUUCUUGGCACGUGACAUCGGGUUUCACAACUUAGCAGGACCAGAGAAGCACCAGGCGGUAGCCCUUCGUAUCAACGCAGACUUAGCAGCAGUCUACAGAUGUACUAUAAGCAGUUAUCAAGAUACGUUGUACGUCCACUCCUUCAGGCAAUUUUACAGAGAAUGUGACAUUUAUGGGACCAUUGAUUACAUAUUUGGUAACGCAGCCGCAGUGUUUUAGGGUUGCAACAUCAUAUCGAGAAUGCCCAUGCCUGGCCAGUUCACCGUCAUCUCCGCCCAGUCCAGGGACUCUCCUGACCAACAAACAGGGAUUUCAUUUCAGAAUUGUUCUAUUCUGGCUACAGAGGACCUCCGUAACGUCCAAAGCUAUCUAGGGAGACCAUGGAGGCCAUACUCCCGCACCGUCUUCAUCGAGUCCUACAUCGCUGACUUUAUUGACCCCAUGGGAUGGAUCCAUUGGUCCGGAGAUGAAGAUUUGGAGUUGGACACCGUGUAUUAUGGCGAGUAUGCCAACGUUGGCCCUGGUUCCAAGAUGGACGGUCGAGUCACAUGGCCUGGUCAUCACGUCAUGGACUAUUAUGAAGCUUCUAAUUUCUCAGUGUCAGAAUUCAUCACCGGUCAAGAGUGGCUAGACUCCACUUCCUUUCCUUACGAUGAUCAGGUUUAGAUGUAAAGAACCAAACCAAACCAAAUGUCACUCCGAUACAAGAUACCAAAAGCUUUAACUUGUGCACUUCUAUGUUAUAUCUUUAUCUACAACAAACAACAACAAAAUUAAUCAAGCAAUAAUAAGAAUAAGUGAACCAUCA